GAUCCUAUAUAAGGAGGAGGGAUGGGAUUGGAGUGCUUUGGACUUGACAGUCCCUCCAGUGGACUUAGGGAGAGAGCACAAAGAUGAUUAGAAAAGGCUCCUGCAAGCCCGGGUCCUGGGGCAGCUUCUGGGCUAUCCUGGCCUUGGUGGGACUGGCCACUCGUGCAGCUCAGAGAGCCGAUGUGGUUGGGGAGGCAGCAGGCACCUCCAUCAACCACUCCCACAUGCUGCUCCAGCGACUGCAGGACCUGCUGCGCCACGGCAACGCCAGUGAUGUCGUCCUCCGAGUACAAGCUGUGGGCACGGACGAGGUCCGAGCCUUCCACACCCAUCGCUUGUUGCUGGGGCUACACAGUGAGCUGUUCCGGGAGCUGCUGAGCAACCAGAGUGAGGUGGUGCUGCAGGAACCCCGGGACUGUGCUGCCGUCUUUGACAAGUUCAUCAGGUAUUUGUACUGUGGUGAGCUGACGGUACUACUGGCCCAGGCUAUCCCACUGCAUAGGCUGGCCACCAAAUACCGAGUAGCAUCCUUGCAGCGAGGCGUGGCCGACUACAUGCGCGCGCACCUGGCGGGAGGCGCGGGCCCCGCUGUGGGCUGGUACCAGUAUGCAGUGAGCACCGGGGAUGAGGCUCUGCGCGAGAGCUGCCUGCAGUUCCUGGCUUGGAACCUUUCUGCCGUGGCGGGGAGCGCGGAGUGGGGCGCCGUGAGCCCCGAGUUGCUGGCACAGCUCUUGCAGCGCUCGGACCUGGUGCUGCAGGAUGAGCUGGAGCUGUUCCACGCGCUGGAGGCGUGGCUGGGCCGCGCGCGGCCGCCCCCCACCGUGGCCGAGCGAGCGCUGCGAGCCAUCCGCUACCCCAUGAUCCCGCCGGCACAGCUGUUCCAGCUGCAGGCGCGCUCGGCCGCUCUGGCGCGCCACGGCCCGGCGGUGGCAGAUCUCUUGCUGCAGGCUUAUCAGUUCCACGCCGCCUCGCCGUUGCACUACGCCAAGUUCUUCCACGUGAAUAGCAGCGCUUUCCUGCCGCGCAACUACCUCGCCCCGGCCUGGGGCGCCCCGUGGGUCAUCAACAACCCGGCUCGCGACGAUCGCAGCACCAGCUUCCAGACGCAGCUGGGGCCAAGCGGCCACGACGCGGGUCGCCGGAUUACCUGGAACGUGCUCUUCUCCCCGCGCUGGCUACCGGUCAGCCUGCGGCCCGUCUACGCGGACGCCGCGGGUACCGCGCUGCCGGCUGCGCGCCCGGAAGACGGGAGGCCGCGACUGGUGGUCACGCCGGCUAGCAGCGGUGGCGACGCGGCGGGCGUGAGUUUCCAGAAGACGGUGCUGGUGGGUGCGCGCCAUCAGGGCCGCCUCUUGGUCCGCCACGCCUACAGCUUCCAUCAGAGCAGCGAGGAGGCUGGCGACUUCCUAGCCCACGCAGAUCUGCAGAGGCGCAACUCCGAAUACCUGGUGGAGAAUGCACUGCAUCUCCAUCUCAUUGUCAAGCCGGUGUACCACACCCUCAUCCGGACUCCCAGUUAGUCUCUGGAUUGAGAAAUAAGGCUUGGCCUGGGUGGCGCUCCACGUUGUUAAAGUGACUUUGGCCUGGGCCUUGGGUGACCAAGUGCAGCUGGUUGGGACUAGGGUGGAGGCAGGUGAAUGUGGUAGACAAGAUGGCUCUGGUUUCAGGAGUGCCUUUCCCAGAUAACUUGAAGGCAGCAUUUUUGGUCAAGAAUAAACCGAUGCCCAGAGAGGCCAGGUACUGAAGC